AUGCAUGGAAAAGUAGUACUAGUUAUAUUUGUAGUAGCUGCACAAACUGGCGUUUUUGGGUCUUCUAUGUCAACGAACGACAUCUUCAACAAACUUAAAGAUGUUAAACAUGAAUGCUACUCUGAAAAAGAAGAAUUACAAAUAAUUGAAACAAGUCUUGGAGAAGUUCUAGAAGCUGUAGAUCAUAAUUGUUUUGUGGCAUGCGCUUAUAGAAUAUUUGGUUUUUUGGUCGAAGGUAAAUUUAUGGUGGACCACUACAUGGACUCCAUAGCACCAUUUCAUAAGCCAACUUCGAUGGAAUACAAAAAAAUGCAAAACAUUGUCGAUGAUUGUUAUGAACGACACAAAAAAGUCGAAUCUAGAGGCGAAUGUAAAAUUGCAGCCACUAUGAUCGCCUGUAUCAUGCCUCAGGUGCAGAAGAACAAAUUUAAAGUUAUGAUUUAA